GAAUGUUAUCAUUUACGAUUUGUAUAUUUUGUAUUGUAUUCUCAAUAAAGCAAAACAUUAUCCAUAAUAUUACUACAACAAAUUAGUAACUAAGAAGAUAAUGGCUGAAGGAACAAAUAAACCCAGUUCCCCCGACAUGGAGGACCCGCCAAAUAAGCAAGAUGAUAUGGAUGAUGAGAUUUCUGCUCGGAUGACGGCAUCCUACAGCGAAAUAUCGUUUCACUCGGACCAGGGCCCUGCCGAACAGCCAGGAAAUUCACCCGGUCCGUCCCGGCCGUACAAUUUGCCAUCAGAGAACCGUAAACAGGAAAGAAAUCCUCUAAACAUAGAUGGUCAUGUUAGGUAUGAAGGAGACAUGACACAUUAUGUAGCAGAUGAUUUAGAAUUUAAGAUAAAGCUGUCUAGUCCUAUAACUAAGCGAGGUGAGACUCCAGUGUUUGGGAGUUCCAGUGCGUCUAGAUCCAGCACACCAUCAGGAAAGCUCUACAGACAAAUACUAGCCCCACAGAUUGGCCAGAUUGAUAUCACAGUUCUGAAUGAUUUAGAAUACGAAGCUCAAAGGAUCGCUCAGUCCGUGGAUAACUUAAUAGAGAACCUGUCAAGUAUACUGCAUUCCAACUCAUCAUUAACCGCUGAGAAUAUGGAAGUGUACAAAGAUGCAGUCGGGAAAACUUGUGAUGCAAUGGACAAUAAUAUCAAGAGCAUGUACACUAUACUUGCAAAAGGGGAGGAGGUAUCGCAGGCUAUGAUCCCUGUACAGGCACAGGCUGCUAGAAUAGCUGAAAUAAAAAGACUACUACAGUUAUUUGAGAGCAUGUUUUAGGUUUUUAACAAAUUAUUACUUUGAUGCCUGUUUGCGGGCAAGACAAGCAUAACAAAGACAUUAUACCCACCUGCUGCUGCUUUCAUACAAUCAUGGAGGUCAUUGACAACAAGCUUUAGGGCUCGUAAGAUUAGUUUGAAUGGUGUGACAGAUAGAGUACUAAAAUGUAGAGCAAAAUUUCUUAAAGUACCUACAUAGUAGUAAUGAUUGGGGGUUCGCAGCGAGAUUUAUUGAUACCAUGACUGAAAUUAUAUAGAAUUUUGAAAAAUUAGCUUGAGAGCAGGUGACAACUAAUGCGAGAGUAAGCUCACUUAUCUGAUCAUAAUAAGAAUAAAAUAUAGAAAUCAAUAUAGUGCUGAAUAAAAGUAAGAAUGAAAAUGACCGAAGUUAAUCAAGAAAUUGACUCAAUUUGCGACAUUUAUCAAGCCCUUAUAAAUAUAGAGAGUUGUUUUAAAUUCAGAGAUUCACAGUUACCUAGGAAUCUCC